UCUGCCUAACGCGAAGGCUUUGCCGCGCUCUCGAAACAACAAAACACUUAAUGCGUGAUAUACUAACAAGAAAUAUCAAAUCACCUAAUUCGACUAAUUUGAUGAUGUUGACGCGAUGAUGCAAAUAAACGUGUGAGAUAAGAUUUUAAAAGGGAAGGGAAAGAAAUGAUGAUAAGAAUGGUCGAUAAAAAUAGUGAAAAAAUCAACUCACGAUCAGUGGGUUGACGAACAUUUCAAUUGACCGGAUAAAGUUGACGACACCACAGUAAUAAUGCGAUUAUCGCGAUCACGUGUAUGAUUAAUAAUAAGUAUGGGAUUAAUACUCGUACAAUAAAUUUUAAUCGAUCAUGCUCAUUUGAGUUAAGGGGUUGACGAAUCUUUUGAUCAACGAUUAAUCAAGGAAGGGCGGGGAAGAGUGUUUAAGUGAAAGUGACAGGUUAUAGGUGUUUUUCUUUCGAUCGGAAUAAUUUUAUUCAUUCACCAGCCGGUAUAUAAGAAGAAAUGCAUACUUUUUUAUAUGUUACAUCCGCGUGCUUAGAUAUUGAUGCGACGGCGACAACAAGAAAUGACGUUCGAGAUAGGAAACCGUAAACAUCAAGAAGAGCCCAAAGCGAUUCUUGCGAGGCUGGCUUGCCAUACGGGAAAGCGGUCUGGACACCUGCUCGUUGAAGAAGAAUCACGCGUACGAGAGUCCUAGAAUGCUCUAAAGGAGAAUACAAAAUGACGACCGACACUUGAAGGAACCUGGCUAACAAGGGAAACUCGAAUUGUCAUGGAUUUAACAAUCAUUUUAAUUCUGCUGUCCUCUCAGCAUUUUCUACGCCCUACCGAUGCAAUUGUAAAUUCAACGAGUGACAGAGCGUCAACGAAAAAUGCAUUGACAGAUUACAACACGAUAAAACAGGUACUUGCCCAGAUCAACGGCACCGCUGUGCUACCUUGCAGGAUAACCGACCUAGGAACUGGCACAGUCACGUGGACGAGAAAAAGGGACAGACAACUGCUGACAGUAGGAAGUGGAACUCACACUAUGGAUACGCGUUUUAUGGUCAGAGGAUCACCAACGGAUUGGACACUGAACAUAAAAAACGUUAAACCCGAUGACGCUGGACUUUACGAGUGUCAGAUCCCAACGGAGCCGAUACUUCAUCGUUACGUGAAUUUGAACAUAACCGAAGCAUUUACCAUUAUUCCGGGUGGUCCGGAACUUCACGUGAAACAAGGCUCGAGUUUGCGCCUCGAGUGUCUAUUAAUCGCAGCUACGGAACUCCCGACAUUUGUAUUCUGGUAUCGUAAAGGACGCAUGAUUAAUUAUGACGCCGAACCGGGACUCAACGUCGAAGCAACGAAGAAUGGCUCGAUUCUCGUUGUUGAAAAGACGCAAAUGAGCCACGCUGGUAAUUACACGUGUCAGCCGAGCAACGCCAAAUCUACCUACGUCAUGAUUCACGUUCUCGAGGAGGAAGAGAAGCCAGCAGCAAUGCACGGGGGUGAUCGUCCAAGUUCUUCACCAAGUCUGACGACAAACUUUCUACUACUACUGAUCGUUUUAUUCGGUAUAACGAGCUCGAUGAGAAGAUCGAGUCCAAUGUCGAGUAUAAUGGGCGAGGAACGGAAGGGGGGGAUCGUUGUGUCGUCGUAGCGUUCCCAGUACCGUGACAAACAAAAGAUAACGAAAUUCGUAUUAUUCAUUUAAUUGAAGAUGAAUUCAAUUCGAAUGAAAACAAUCGAGUGAGAAAACAAGCGACCCGCCUUGACUUUCAGGUGGUUCAAUGGAGAGGAAAAAAAAUCAGCGAGCAAGUAAAGUGGAGUAUAAAAAGUGUGAAUGGUGUUUCGAAAAGAACGGCGAGAGAUGUCGGUAUGCCCGUUCGAGUGACCGAAAUGCGACUAACAAUGAAUUUAAACUUUCGAACAAAGACGACGAAUGAAGAGAAAAUAAAGCCAAAUAAAGCGGAGUGAUGUGAAAAAAGUGCAUGUACACAUUUUUUUUAUCCACUUUUGAUCUCUAUACGUAUCGACUCGUCGUCUUUGCUUCUUCGCAACACGUGAUAUACGAGUACGAGAAUUAUUUAUAUGACGCGCGGGUAAACGAAGAUGACACAACAAACUCUUUUGGAAAUAAAUAAACUAUUCGAAAUAUAGAAAAGUAUUGAAUAAAAUUAAUCGCGAUCAUCGAAACUGUGCGAUUAUUAUUGCGACUUAUCCCUAUGUUCCAUUACGGGAGGUUCAAAAAUAUUCAUGAGAAAAUGUUUCCGUUCAAAAAACACUAAUAAAAUCGAAAAGAAACUUUGCCAGUCGUGUAACAAUUGAAAUUAUCAAACCUUCGGUUCGAUAUAAUUUCCCGCUACUUUUUCAUAACUCUAUUUUUUUUUUUUUUUUCUUUUCACGUGUACCGAAUCAGCUACAAGGUCGGCGGCGGGCAGGAGAAUAGUGGAAGAAAAUUGAAAGCGCGAGAACGAACCGGAUAAAUGUUUCAUUCAUUUACAGAAUAUAAUUCUGGUGCAGCGGGUACGAAAAAAAAGGUCGAGCAUUUUUGUUCUCCUAUUUUUUAAUUCCGAAGCUCCAGGCAGUUUUUUCCGCAUUCUGAACUCUCGUCGGCGUAAUUCCGUUUGGUAUGACGGAUUAUGACGUCGAUACACCCACCUAUACCAGAAUAUAUUUACUCGUUUUUACAUUUAUCAUUUUUUCAGUUUUAAUGAAAUUUUCGCCCCUUUGUUUGUCCCAAUUGUUGAAAAAUAAAGUCAACAUUAUUAUUCAUCGACUUUCAAUGCAUGCGGUAUGAGGUGAAAAAAUAUAUAAUUUAUGCGAAAUACAUUGAAUUGGAAAGAAACAAAAAAAAAACGUUUAGAAGUGCUUCGCUGAAAAACACGGAGCGAAAGCGGAAUUUCCAAAAAAAUUUCAAUAAAAUUGAAACUCUAUCUCUUUUCUCUUUAUUCUGUAACAUUCAAUCGGCAAACAAUCAAUUUUUCAAUUACGAAUCAACUUGAACGUAUUCGAACGUACGAUAAUGGAAACUCAUUAUUUUAUUGUUUUUCUUCCAAUGUGAAUGGAAAUUGAAUCCAACGACGUAGCGUCGAGUUUUCCCCUUACUCAUAACAGAUAACGCAUAUAGUAACUCAUAAUUGUAAUUAAUCUCGAUGUGUUAAAUUUGCUCAUUCGAUGUUAUCCGUUGUGUGAUCGAUGUAUAUAUACGUAUAAUUAUUAAAUAAUGUGAAGAUUUAAA